GGCUCUUAGGUGGUGUCGCGCGCCGAACAGUUCGCGCGGGAGCGGGACGUCAGGGCGCUGGGUCCGCAGGUCGGUAGGAUCCGGAGCUGCUGCGGGGCGGCGGGGAAGCCAGGAUGGCGACUUCGAACCGGAAGACCUCGACCCCAACCCCCCUGGCCUCCAAGAGAGCUCACCCGAGAGAUCCCUCGGCGGAGGUCCCGAGCAAAAGUAGUAAGAGUUCGGCGCCGCCCCUGCCGUUACCGUCGUCCGGACCUUUUGUGGAAGGGUCUAUCGUCCGCAUCGCGAUGGAGAACUUCCUAACAUACGAUAUCUGUGAAGUAUGCCCUGGACCCCAUUUGAAUAUGAUUAUUGGAGCUAAUGGGACUGGGAAGUCCAGCAUUGUGUGUGCCAUUUGCCUUGGAUUAGCUGGCAAACCUGCUUUCAUGGGACGGGCGGAUAAGGUUGGCUUUUUUGUGAAGAGAGGAUGUUCCAAAGGCAUGGUUGAAAUUGAAUUGUUCAGGACUUCUGGAAAUCUUAUAAUUACCCGUGAGAUUGAUGUGGCAAAAAAUCAGUCCUUUUGGUACAUCAACAAAAAAUCAACUACCCAGAAAACAGUAGAAGAAAAAGUUGCAGCCUUAAACAUUCAAGUGGGAAAUCUUUGCCAGUUUCUACCUCAGGAUAAAGUUGGAGAAUUUGCUAAACUCAGUAAAAUUGAACUACUUGAAGCUACUGAGAAAUCAAUUGGUCCUCCAGAAAUGCACAGAUACCACUGUGAGCUCAAAAACUUCAGGGAAAAAGAAAAACAACUAGAGACCUCAUGCAAAGAAAAAACUGAGUACCUAGAGAAAAUGAUUCAAAGAAAUGAAAGAUAUAAACAAGAUGUGGAGAGGUUCUAUGAACGUAAGCGACACUUAGAUUUGAUUGAGAUGCUUGAAGCAAAAAGGCCAUGGGUGGAAUAUGAAAAUGUUCGUCAGGAAUAUGAAGAAGUAAAGCUAGCUCGUGACCGAGUGAAGGAUGAAGUCAGAAGACUUAAAGAUGGGCAGAUUCCUAUGACAAGUCGAAUUCAAGAAAUUGAAAACCAGCGUCACACUUUGGAGGCUCGAAUCAAAGCAAAGGCAACAGAUAUUAAGGAGACAUCUCAAAAAUGCAAACAAAAACAAGAUGUUAUAGAAAAGAAAGAUAAACAUAUUGAGGAACUUCAGCAGGCUUUAACAGUAAAACAGAAUGAAGAGCAUGACCGACAGAGGAGAAUAAGUAACACCCGCAAAAUGAUAGAAGAUUUGCAAAAUGAACUGAGGACCACAGAAAACUGUGUGAAUCUUCAACCCCAGAUUGAUGCCAUUACAAAUGACCUGAGACGGAUUCAAGAUGAAAAGGCUUUGUGUGAAAGUGAGAUAAUUGAUAAGCAUAAAGAGAGGGAAACUCUAGAGAAGGAGAAAAAGAGUGUGAAUGAUCAAAUUACACAAUUUGACAAUCUCAUGAAUCAAAAGGAAGAUAAGCUGAGACAGAGAUAUCGUGACACAUAUGAUGCUGUUUUAUGGCUGAGAAAUAACAGAGACAGAUUUAAGCAAAGAGUCUAUGAGCCCAUAAUGCUCAUGAUCAUCUUGGAGUGCUACAUAUACUUCCUCUGUCUGCCUGUCUCUUACUACUGUGACUGUGAAGAUGUGGCUUUGGAGAACUUUACCAAACACGUUCUUCACCAAUUUUAUGAGAAGGAACACGCUAUGAAACUGAUAAAGCUGCAGAACCAACAAGGUGGCCAAAUCUUCCUGCAGGAUGUCAGGAAACCAGACCAGGAAUGCAGUGGUAUCAAUAUGAAAGAUCAUAAAAAUGCCAAAUAUAUCGAAAAUCAUAUUCCACCAAAUGACUUGAGAGCCUUUGUGUUUGAGAGUCAAGAAGAUAUGGAGGUUUUCCUCAAAGAGGUUCGUGAUAAUAAAAAAUUAAGAGUAAAUGCUGUUAUUGCUCCUAGGAGUUCAUAUGCAGACAGAGCACCUUCAAGGCCUUUAAGUGAACUCAAACAGUACGGGUUCUUCUCUUACCUGCGGGAGCUGUUUGAUGCGCCUGCUCCUGUCAUGAGCUACCUGUGCAGCCAGUAUCAUAUUCAUGAAGUUCCCGUAGGAACCGAAAGGACCAGAGAAAGAAUUGAACGGGUAAUACAAGAAACCCGACUGAGACAAAUGUACACAGCAGAAGAAAAGUAUGUGGUGAAAACUUCCUUUUAUUCAAAUAAAGUUAUUUCUAGUAACACAUCCCUAAAAGGAGCCCAGUUUCUCACAGUCACUGUGGAUCUAGAGCAAAGAAGACUCCUAGAAGAACAUCUAAAGGAAAUUCAUAGAAAAUUGCAAGCAGUGGAAUCAGCAUUGAUUGCCUUGCGUGAAACAAACAAACAUCUAGAACACAGAGAUAAUGAACUUAGACAAAAGAAGAAGGAGCUUCUUGAAAGAAAAACCAAGAAAAGACAAUUGGAACAAAAAAUUAGUUCCAAACUAGGAAGUUUAAAGCUGAUGGAACAGGAUACUUGCAACCUUGAAGAGGAAGAGCGAAAAGCAAGUACCAAAAUUAAAGAAAUAAAUAUUCAAAAAGCAAAGCUUGUUACCGAAUUAACAAACCUAAUAAAGAUUUGUACUUCUUUGCAUAUACAAAAAGUAGAUUUAAUUCUUCAAAAUACUACAGUGAUCUCUGAGAAGAACAAAUUAGAAUCAGAUUAUAUGGCUGCGUCAUCACAACUACGUCUCAAAGAGCAACAUUUCAUUGAGUUGGAUGAAAACAGACAGAGAUUAUUGCAGAAGUGCAAGGAACUUAUGAGGAGAGCUAGGCAAGUAUGUAACCUGGGUGCAGAGCAGACCAUUCCUCAGGAAUACCAGACACAAGUACCCACCAUUCCAAAUGGACACAACUCCUCACCCCCCAUGGCUUUCCAGGAUCUUCCAAACACAUUGGAUGAGAUCGAUGCUUUAUUAACUGAGGAAAGAUCAAGAGCUUCUUGCUUCACUGGAUUGAAUCCUACGGUUGUUGCAGAAUAUACAAAAAGAGAAGAAGAAAUAGAACAAUUAACUGAGGAACUAAAGAUAAAGAAAGUUGAGCUGGAUAAGUAUAGGGAAAGCAUUUCACAGGUGAAAGAGAGAUGGCUUAAUCCUUUAAAAGAGCUGGUAGAAAAAAUUAAUGAAAAAUUCAGCAAUUUUUUUAGUUCCAUGCAGUGUGCUGGUGAAGUUGAUCUCCACACAGAAAAUGAGGAAGACUAUGAUAAAUACGGAAUUCGAAUUAGAGUCAAAUUCCGCAGUAGUACCCAACUGCAUGAAUUGACGCCUCAUCAUCAGAGUGGAGGUGAAAGAAGUGUUUCUACCAUGUUAUACCUCAUGGCACUUCAGGAACUUAAUAGAUGUCCAUUCCGAGUAGUUGAUGAAAUCAAUCAGGGAAUGGACCCUAUCAAUGAACGCAGAGUUUUUGAAAUGGUUGUAAAUACUGCCUGUAAAGAGAAUACUUCUCAGUACUUCUUUAUUACGCCAAAGCUCCUACAAAAUCUCCCUUAUUCUGAAAAGAUGACGGUAUUGUUCGUCUACAAUGGUCCUCAUAUGCUGGAACCAAACAGAUGGAACUUAAAGGCUUUCCAAAGACGGCGGCGCCGUAUUACGUUCACUCAGCCUUCUCAGUAAAAGUAAAAGAGAACUUUGGAUUUUUGUUAUAUUCUCUUUACAGCUCAUCUGAAUAAAAGGAGAUUCAUUAAGGCUAAAAGACCAGUUGUUUUUAAACCUGCUGUUAAGGUACAAAUGGGUUGAUGAACAGACACUGUAAUAACUUUUUUCUGUGGAAUAUCAUCUUCUGGUAGUAAAAGUUAAGUCUUUUUCAGUCUUUGUUGACUGCAGUCCUUAGCACUCUGACCAGCCACUGGGUUUCCCAAGUUGAAAGGCACUAUUUCAAAUCAGAGUCACAGUGGAAGGUGUUGCCAGUCACCAGUCUAGUUGACAUGGUAACCCUGAGCUUUAAUUGCAGGGUAAAUUUAAUUAUUUUACAGUCUGAAGAAGACUCUAGAACUUAAGUCAUAGUUUUCUCCCAGUGUUAUACUUAAUUUUUAAAAAUUAUUAUGGAAAAGUCUAGUCUUAUGUACAGUAAUAAUUUAUGACAAAUCUGUUGUUUCUUCCCGUUAAAAAAGAUUUCCUUAUCACCACUAGGAAAUGGAAUUUUAUGAGCCUUUUUAAAAAGUUUUAUGAAAUUCAAUACUGUAAUUGUAUUGGUAUCUCAAAGGACAGAUGCACUGGAGCUCCAGAGUGGUCGUGGGACUGUUUGAAAUGCCACAGGUGGCCACUAGAUGAUGCACAGGUGACCGAAAGAUUGACAGAAAAUAAAAUCACGUGACAGGGUUUUUAAGGAAUGACUCUGUAAAGUGUGGGGUUUUUUUAAUUUAAAGUCAAUUGUAUUUUACAUCUUAAAUUUCUAAAAGCAUUUUUAUAAUUAUUUUAGUAAGAUUUUUCUUAAGAUUUCAUAUACUAAUUUCUACAAUUUAUAUUUUAGAAUUUCUCAGUGUUAUGUAAAGAGUGAGGGAAAGCAUUGAUUUGUGUCAAACCGUAAUGUUUCUAGAACUUAAGCUUAGAGGUUUUUCCUUACAGUGUUGCUCCUACCCCAUUUCUUAGGAAAUCUAAUUUAAACUGGUUCUUUCAGCAUGAAAGAAUGAGAUGACAAAAUUAUUUGCCUGAGUUAUACCAAUUAACAAGUGCCAAACAAGUUCUAUUCUUUUUAAAAAAUAAACUUUUAAGAUAAUGGAUGAGUACAAGGACAUGUGUUUGAACUGUGGAUUGGAUUUGUACCAGUAAUAACAAAAUUAUUUUUUUUUUACUUGGUAGCCUGAAUAAAUAGAAAAAUUGCAUUCAGUUUGGGUUUUGUAUGUUCUUAAAUAGCCACUGAAAUUUAUAUUCUUAUUAUGUCAAAAAUAAUGAACCAUAGUUUAUGUCUUCUCCCCGGACAUUUUCUCUUUAAAACAUAUUUUUUCUUUGUAAAAAUUUUAAAAACCUUCUCCUCUUAAACUAAGUCUAAUGCAUGUACUAUGAAAAUAUUUUUAAAUAACAUUUUUACUAGUAUGAACAUACAAACAUUGAAAAACUUGGUAAGUUGAUAUUGUUACCAGAAGUGUUUGUUGUCUAAUACUUUGUUUUCUGCCAAAAUAUCUCCACUAACAUGUGCUUGGUAUAGUUUGUUUAUUGUCUAAGUUAGUGCCAAUCAUCUCAUUCCUGCAAAAUGGGUAUCAGUGUGAAACAGAAGGUUGAAGGUGUUUGAAAAUAAAAUGCAGUGGUCAAUUUUAUUUCACUUUACAUAGGCCAACAAUUAUUCCAUACCUUGUGUGUUAGCAUUUCUAUUUCUGUACUGGAAAAGGUUAAUAUUUAGUUUUAUAUUGAAUUUGAGCUGUGAAGGAUAAAUUAUACAUCAUUUCAACACAUUAAAAGAAUAGUAAGUCUGGUACAUUAGUCUCUGCCACUUAAAACUUCAUAUAUUUUAUGCAAAAGUUGAUUUUGAAUUUCAUUCAAAUUAUAAAAACUUUAAGUAAAAGUCUGAUUUGAUGAGCAAAAUAUUUAAAACCUUAAGGUAACAAGCAUUUUCACUGACAGAAACCUUCAUUGAUUUGCUUAAGGGAGAGAGUCACUAUUGAAAGGUUUUCCAUAUUCCAAGUAAGAGAAAAGAUUUCUUUCUACUCGUCUUUCGAACAUGUGCUUAUUUCUUUGGAAUUUGAGUCUUUAGUAUGUAGGAAAUGUAAUUUUGUCCUUCUGUUGUUCGUGUCUGUGUGUGUGUGUAAUUGAAAAACUGGGAAAAUACUACCUUGAUGAUAAUAAAUGCAACUUUUCAUA